UGCUCCUAGUUUGGUCACAUGCAAGGGAAAAAAAGGCGUAAAAGAGGUCAAAAGUUCCACAACUGGGAGAGAAACGGAGGUCAGCUGGUUUCCUCCUCUUCUGCCGUCACCGUAUCGCCUCAACACUACAAAACCUCCACGUUACUAACAUCUAUUCAUACUAAAGAUCCUGUUUUAUGAUCAAGAAUAGUUCUCUCAUUAGUGUCCCAGCUAGAGAACAGCCAGUGAAAAGGGAGACUGAGCGGAAUGAAGGAAAAGAGGAGGAGAUAAAAAAGGAGCAGAGAGAGACCGGCCGGGGUUAAGAAAACAACAGGAAACUCACAGAUUCUAUUGCUGCUUCUGCAAAUCUAGCUGAGAUAAAGCCGUGGACUGUCCUAACAGACCAACAUUCCCACUGCGCCUUUUUUUUUCCUUUUUCCAAGCUCAUCUAAAAGAAUCUGAAGGACUUCAAGUUUCAAAAGUGACGUCACUUCUGCUCUCAGCCUCCAACCGUUUGGUCUCCUAGCGUGAGCGGAUACAGACAUUUGGGAGCUGGAAUUUCUGAGGAGCUGCUUUUUAACUUUUAAACGUCUUCAUUCUUUUUAUUUUUUAUUUUUAAUUUUCCAUGGAUCAGCUGAUGCCUUUUCAAGGACGUUUCUGCUUCUAUCAUCUGGACUAGUAACUGGAGCCACAUGAAGAAUAAAGGGACUAAACAGAAGUCCAAAAAGAAAGGAAGUGAAAAUGCGUUCGGCUGUGACUUGACUGAGCAUCUCCACAUUUCAGGACAAGAUGUUCCCCAGGUUCUGACAAAGUGUGCCGAGUUCAUUGAGAAGCAUGGGAUUGUUGAUGGGAUCUACAGACUGUCGGGGAUCACGUCAAAUAUCCAACGUCUCAGGCAGGAAUUCUGCUCCGAGGCGGGCCCUGACCUUACAAAGGAAAUGUACCUCCAGGACAUCCACUGUGUGGGUUCCUUAUGUAAGCUGUACUUCAGGGAGCUGCCCAAUCCUCUGCUAACAUACGAGCUAUACAGCAGAUUCACAGAAGCCAUCUCAGUUCAGGGAGAUCAUGAGAAACUUUCACACAUUCAGGGUGUUAUCAAGGAGCUGCCCGCCCCUCACUUCAGGACUCUGGAGUAUCUUACAAAGCACUUGGCUUACCUUGCCACUUUAAGCACUCAGACAAACAUGCACACACGAAACCUGGCACUGGUGUGGGCUCCAAAUCUGUUGAGAUCUAAGGACAUUGAAGCCUCUUCCGGGAACGGAGACAUGGCUUUCCAGGAAGUACGAAAGCAGCAGUCAGUGAUCGAGUUCAUUUUAAACCACACAGAACAGAUCUUCAGUGGAGCUUCUGCACCAAUAAAACCAAAAGAAGGACAAAGUUUGAUGUGUGGGGAGAAGUAUGCAACACUCCCCAUCAGUGGACAGGGUGGGCCGAUGAAACUGAUGAGCCUGGAGGAGGCCCAGGCCCGCUCCUUAAGCCCAAACCACCCCCUGCAUAAAGAGCGUCAGCGUGAGAACAGUCUGCCUGAUACCAGCAGCGCCACGCUCUAUCACACCGUGAUAGACAUAUCAGACAAGAGAAAGUUUUCUGGGAAAUCCAAGAAGUGGAAGUCAAUCUUUAACCUUGGACGGUCUGUUGAGUCAAAGGGAAAACUGAGCCGCAAUGGUAGCGUCUUCAUCCGAGCACAGGGGAUAACACAAAAGGCAGCUCUUCGACCAUCCAGAAGCAUGGAAUCAUUGUGCUCCUUACCACCAGAGGAUGAGCGGGCAGGAAGCCAUAUUCCAGCUGCAGGAUCCACUCUCAUUCCGGAUGUCAAAUCCAGAACGCUGGGAUCCGACUCUUUGCUCGAUCUGAGUGAACGUGACCAAAACUGGGAGUUAAAAGGGAAGAAAGCUGGCGGCUGGAGUGUCAAACCAAAGGACUUACCAGGAGCUUCUGCGCCUCCCCAGAAACCCUUACCAGAGCAGCUCAAAGUGUUCAAAGGUGACGACCUCAGCGGUUUUAAGCCGACUUCUCCAAAAAACAGGAGAAUGUUGUACUCAGGCUCCUCCCACAACAGCUCAUCCCGACCUUCAUUCCCGGGGAGCUUCUUCCCACUGGAAUCCUCACCAAGACACCAGCGCAGAGCCGUCAACAUCUCGGAGCCUUUCGCCGUGUCUGUCCCCUUACGCGUGUCGGCCGUCAUCAGCUCCAACAGCACACCUUGCAGGGGACUCAAAGACAAAGCAGCUGCAGCUCUGAAACCCAGCAAGGAGCCUCCAGAGCAGAGAGGCCUGAGAGGAAAGAGCAACACUUUCCCCAAACUGGAGCCAAAGAAGCAGGACGGAGCAGACAAGAAAAUCACGCAAGUCCUAACCUCCAGAAAACUACCACAAGAUUCAAAUGACAUUUUACAAGAAAGACAAGGAGGGAGGGAAGUUUUUGAACUGGAUGCACUGGCAAUGAGAGAAUGCAGGAAAAUAGUGCCACCUUCUGGAAUAAACUUCCACAAACAGCCUACAGAUCUAAAACAGGAUGAAAGAUCCUCUACUGGGAAGAAUCUGUGGUCUGACCUCCACCAAGAACUGAAGAUUACAGAGCCUGAAAUCGAUCUGUUGGAUGAGACUUUCAAGCCCGUUUUCUCCGCCGUGAGCACCUCUGGAAACAACAAUUUAUUGAGAGACGUCAAGUCAAAGCGAAGCCGCAGCUCCCCGUCCCUGUCGCUGCUGUGCGCGGAGCAGUCGUCGAAUUCCUCUCUGGGCGACGGCGUUAAAGCUCCCAGAUCUGAUGGCAAAAGGAAGCAGCCCUCAGAAUCAGACCUUUUGUUUUGCGUUCACAGAAACGGGGCAGGAAAUGCUCAAAAUGUCCGUCCCGCUGAUGCGACGUGUGAAUCAGAGGGAGCUGGAGAGCCACGGACCUCCUCUUUGCAGAUUCCAGCUUCCUCAAAGGAAACCAGGUUGAGUCACGUCCUGAAACCUUUGAUUUUAAAGGACUUUCCGCAGGUGACAAGCUUCCCAGCCAGAAAAUGUCUGAAACACGAAGUUCCUCAGGAGAAAACGGAAAAGUCAAACAGCGAAGCAAAGAUUAACGACAUUCACGUGACAGAAAAAGGUCAGAGGCUGUCGGUUUAUUCACAGGAGACUCCUAAUAUCCUCGAGCUGCCAAACCUCGACGACGAAGAAGGAUUUGGGAGAAACCUGGAAGAGCUGGACUUGGUGGAGUCCUGGGAAGAUCUUAGCUCCACCAAGCAGUGGGUCACAAGUCCUCUCCAUUCUCCAGAUGUGGAGGAAUUAUUUGACAAGCUGUCGCCCUUUAGAUCAAACGCCGAAACUCCAAACUCUGAUGUCGGAAAGGUUUCCCCUCCAUCUGUAGAUAAGUUCAACCAAACCUCCCAGAAUUCCAGCAGCAACUCAGAAUCCAAACUGACUCACUGGCCGUCAGCACCAAUGGAACUGAGCAGAUGUAACACAAAGCAACCAAUCAAGAGCAGCACAACAAAACCAAAGAACACAGUGUCAUCUCAGAGAUUUACCAGACAAACGUCUUGUGACGCGGCCCUGACAGAGAAAAGAGAGGACAGUCGUCAGUCCAAGCACCGACCCUGCUCUCUGAACCUGGACUUGGGGUAUCGAUGCAUCAGAGAUAUCUCCAACCAGCAAAAUCGAGACUCAGAGUUCUCCUCCUCACAUAGAGGAUUACCGUCCUUCGUAAAUAAAGGCCAUUCGGAGCUGGAUCUUUUCCUAAAUGAUCGCCAGGCGCCUCUUCGUCGAAACUCUGCUCCGGUCAGCGUGUCGUCCGUCCGCACGGCCUUCAUGAUCAAAACAUGCCAGGCCAGAGCUGUGCCAGUCGUCCCCCCAAAGGUGCAGUACACCCAAACACCUCAAACCAGACAGGACAAUCAUCUCAACCCAGUAAAGAAGCAAGAAAAAGAAUGUCCAAAAACCAGUGCAGAGACGGGCAACGCCGCUCCAAUAAUGUCCGAUCUGAAGGAGGAGCUGGAGAACAAAGAGCCCAAACACCCAAAUCUGGACAAACCCGUGGAGUCUGGGAAGACCACAUCUACUCCAGAACUGCCCGUCAUAACCAGGAGACACAACCCCAAUCUGGAGGUGUUCGUGGAUUGUCCCAGACCCACCAGGGGGAGCGUGCUCCAGAGGCCGUCCUUCAGGAACAGACAGAGACCUCAGAGUCUGAUUCUGCUCAGCCCCCCCUUCCCCAUCAUGGACUACCCCACGUCAGGGGACGACGGGAAGCUCCUGUCCUCCAUCAAGAGUCUGAACGACACGUCGGCGGUGAACGUCUUCUCUAAGGACAUAGCAGAGAAUAUCAGGACAUCGGAGGGACUAUCGCUUCAAAAUAAAAUGACUAUUCCAAAAAGUGGGCAAAGACUGGAAACGUCGACCAGCUGCUUCUACCAGCCUCAGAGGAGGUCCAUGAUAUUUGACAGCAGGAGCCACAGACAGAUAGAGUGACUGAGUGUAAAAAUGUUCAGUGUGAAGAACUGAACUGGGAGAUGGAGGAGGGGUCUUUGCUAUGAUGUAGCCUGCUUGAAAAAUGAAGCAUAAGUUGAAAUAAAUGAUUUUAGAUGAA